ACGGCUGUCAUGGCGCCACCCGUGAGAUACUGCAUCCCUGGCGAACGUCUGUGUAACUUGGAGGAGGGCAGCCCGGGCAGCGGUACCUACACCCGGCACGGCUACAUCUUUUCGUCUCUUGCGGGCUGCCUGACCAAGACCAGCGAGAACGGCGCGCUUCCUGUGAUAUCCGUGAUGAGAGAAACAGAGUCCCAACUACUUCCAGAUGUGGGAGCUAUUGUCACCUGUAAGGUCUCUAGCAUCAAUUCUCGUUUUGCCAAAGUACACAUCUUAUACGUGGGGUCCACACCACUUAAAAAUUCUUUUCGAGGAACUAUUCGCAAGGAAGAUGUCCGAGCAACUGAGAAAGACAAGGUUGAAAUUUAUAAGAGUUUCCGCCCAGGUGACAUUGUCUUAGCCAAAGUGAUCUCCCUAGGUGAUGCACAGUCCAACUACCUGCUGACCACUGCCGAAAAUGAGCUAGGAGUAGUGGUGGCCCACAGUGAAUCAGGUGUUCAGAUGAUUCCCAUCAGCUGGUGUGAAAUGCAGUGCCCUAAGACCCACACAAAAGAGUUCCGGAAAGUGGCCCGAGUACAGCCUGAAUUCUUACAGACCUAGGAAGCACAUUUUACCCCAAGGAGGGGGUAAGCUAUUUCCGAGAGUAUAUGUAUGAAAUAACAUAAGGAUGUCUUGGUCUUUAUUCAGAUACCUGGGGUCAGUCAGCAACCACCUUAGAAACAUUUGCCAGAAAUUUAUUCUGUGUUUAGAACAUUAUUCUUGUGAAACCUUUUAGUGAAUUUCACUCUUGAAUGAUGAAAUUUUUCUUUUGGAGGCCCCAGCAAACAAAACUGUAAUGUUAGAAAUAGCCUAUUCCUCUGACAGUCCUGAUUAAUGUAUUUUUUACUGUGAUCAAGAAAACAUUUUUAUUAAAAAGGUUUUAUAGUUUCUGUUGUCUCAAAUAGGGAAAGGAAUCUAAAUGGUGUCCUGACUUGUAGAGUCGUUAACUGACAACAAUGCCUGAUUGACUUUCAUUUUCUUGUAAGUUUUGUAUUCUGUGUGCUUCUGCUUCCUAGGUGCUAAGCACUGGGUCAAGGACCUAGUAUAUACCCCUCACUUACAAAUAUUACAGUUUAGUAAAAAUAUAGGAUGUGUGGUGAUCCAGAUAGUGUGAGUAGUUCUGAAAAGAGCUGGUAAAAAUAGAAUUACUGAUAGAGUGAGGAUUCUAGGAAAUGUUUGUUAAAUCUUAAUUGAAAAGAGGGACAGAGCACUACCACCAGAGGUGGCUAGGCAAGGAUUAGAACAUGAGAUCAGACCUUGAUCCUUCUCUCAAGAACCUGGGAUUAUAGGCAUGAGCUACCCCAGCCCUCAAUAUUUUUAAUUGAGGUAGCUGUAGGUCCACAUGCAGUUUUCUGUUGUUGUUUAU